AUGCAGGGGGACAGAGAGAUUCUCGCGUUUGGUAGAUUCGGACAGGUUAUUGGCACUACCAAGUAUGCGAUCAAAGAGGUCCAGAACAGAAAUGCAUACUACACGGAACUCCACGCCUACGAAUGUUUAAGCAAAGUGGAAAGCCUUCGUGGUCGCAUACCACAAUACCGUGGCAGAAGACGCCACGAACGCCUCAUCUACCUCGAGCGCAUCCACGAAUCAACCCUUCGCAAGAACGAUGUCGACAAACCGACCUUCGACCAAAUCCACAAACACCUACGGGAGACGAUUGAUAUCAUUCAUGACGCUGGAUGGGUCCACUGUGACAUAAGACGUGAUAAUAUAUUCGCUUCAGGCAUGUUGUUCGAUUUCGGGUCUGCUCGCCAGAAAAGCAAGCUUUCGGCGGCAUGGUGGGAAUACUAUAAACGUGCAGACCGUGAAGCCAUCGACCAGUUGUAUUCAACCAUGAUCAGAUCCAGGAACUACAUAGCCUCAUUGACCUUGCUUCAUAGAGGCGUUGAUGACGUUAAGAGUCAGACAGAACUUGCCGAGCUUCUCCGCGAGUCGGACACCAGCAUCGACCUCUUGGACAUGCUUGACACAGUCAGAAGUCCUAUGCCUUCUCUGGUUCUUGAAAUGUGUCGGGCGUGUCGACGCCAGGGGCGAUAUGCAAGGGGGUGGCGCUUUUUGGAAACAUGCUGCCCCGCCGCACCGCGCGAUGAACAAACCAAACGACUAUAUGUCGAACUCAAGGCUGAAUGUGCGAAAUGCGAACCUCCUCAGGGUCGCGGCCUCACGGGAAUCUCUAAUGCCUACGCAGAUGCGGUCUCUGCUAGCGUCAAACUUCUUGGUCGAACCGACGAGCUCACCAUCAAUCUUCGUCUCGAUUUCGCAUCAUUUCUGGAGGCGGAAGAUCGAGUACCCGAUGCUCUGAAAGAAAUCGAGGCAUUGAAAGUAGACUAUAAUGACUUGUCCGAGGUAUACAAGGCAAGGAUCACCAGGCGUGAGGCACGGUUGCGUGCCAACGGAGCAGAGAAACGGAAACAUGAAGAAACUAUGCCUGCGGAGGAGACCUCGAAAGAAGACGAUAAAGAGAAUAAUGUUCAGAGCGAAACGCAUAGUCCACCGUCUAAGAAACCGAAGAAGUCGGUCGAACUUGAGAUGGUCUACCGACUAAAAUAG